UUGAAAAACCUAAUAAAAAUUCCCUGCAAAACUUGCUUCUAGGGCUCAUACUAAUAUCGGUACUUUUAACCAUCAACCGUUGUGGAACGAUCCCUCGCUUUUUCUUCGUCCCGAAAUUCUUCGAUAUUGAGACCUGUUCUGUGUAGAUGUAUUUGUAAGUCAACCUCUCUUCUCUUAAGUCGGAGGGGCAACUGGGAAACUAUAAAAUGGCAAAACCUCAAGUCACCAUCACUCUCGGCCGCUCUGGUCAGAAAGUGGUGAAGGAUUCGUGGAGAGACUCUGAUGGUGGUCGUGCUAACGCUCCAGUGGCAUCGGGAAGCAAAAGAUCAUUGUCAGAAUCGAGCAGUGCUGAUCACUCAUUUAGUCGUAACAAAAGGAGGAGAGAGGAUCAGAGUGCAAGGAGCUGUGGAUACAGCAGCCACGUGGAUGAUUCUCGCUUAGAUCCCAAGGAUCUCCGUUUGAAACUAACGCAAAAGAGAAUUUCUAGGCGUAUAGAGCUCGAGAAUGAGCAGCGUAAAAAAGUGGAACUACAUGAGAAGGUGUCGAGAGCUAUUCGUUCAAUGGAAUCUCCUGAUAGGAGCCUCUUGAGAAACAUACCAUCUUCAAGCAGGGUUGUUGAGACUGUGCGUGGGGAUUCAAUGAGAAGUUCUUAUACUUCUUGGACCCCAAAUGGAGUAAGAACAAGGUCCCCAGAUAGAUUUCCCAGAUCUUCUGCUGGAAUUUCUACACCCAGGAGUGCAAUGAAUGAACUGCCACGGGUACAAUCAAUGAGGACAAUAGAUGCUUCAAGAACAGGGCCUGUGUUGCUAAGUAAUCCCAUGGAAUCUUCUAGGCCAAAGGUGCCGGUGCCUACCACCUCAAGAGGUCCUCUGGAUUCUGGCAAGCUGGUUCCGGAGCUUGCUCCAGCACCUGGUGGCAUUCCCAGAUCUCCUUACCCAGUAAAAAUUCUCUCUGAGAGCCAACCGCUCACGGUGAGUAACUUAUUGCAUUCAAUUGGUCUGGGAAAAUACUCCAUCAACUUUCAAGCUGAAGAGAUUGAUAUGGUUGCACUGAAACAAAUGGGGGACAGUGACCUGAAGGAGUUGGGAAUACCAAUGGGUCCAAGGAAAAAGAUACUGCUUGCUUUACAGGCUCGUGCAAAGCGCCCAGCAACUCAAGCACACAUCAACUACGUGCAAUAGCUAUUUUGCCAGAAUUAUGAAACAAUGACUGGCCUCCAACUGUGUAUAUCAACCUGAUUAAACUGAGAAGUUUAUGCUAUAAGUGUACUUUGGGUGCAACAAAUAUCAUUAGUUAGUAUAAACUAUAAUGGUACAUGUCAUUAGAAAGCAAAAGUCGUUUUGUUAAAGCCCCUUUAGUGUCUCAAUUUUACUGUUCCUACUGCGGGUUCUAUCUUGCCCUGGCUAUUUGAACGGCAUUCUACUCCUAAUGGUCCGCUCCUAUCUGGAACCUCUACUCUGGCUGUUCUUGCCCUCAGCCGCUGGCUCCGUGAGGCUUGAACUUGUUGGAUUUUAUGCCAAAAUCAAAUUAUUGGUGCAACGUGUUAGUAGUUCAGAAUACUUGAAACUUUAGACUGGAAGACGUUAAGAAAAAACUUGGCAGAAUACUUUCUUGACAAAUAAAGUUAAUACUUCCGUACAUAAAAGAAUAAUUAUAAUGUGCAUACAAGGUGGAUCGGAAACAAUGAUCAAGCUUUAACAAAGGGGUGCGGAGUAGGGGCAGCAUACUUGUCUCCACAAUCUUUCCCGCUCCUCGCAG